CAAAAAAUUGCGUGAAACCGGGGACAGAAAUAAACCGGACGACAGAAAUGGCGAGCAAAUGCGUCGCGCUUCUUUUCCCCACCAUUCAAAUCCCCUCCGAACCCCAGCUUCGCACCUCCACCUCCACCUCCACCCCAACUCCAAUUCCCACCACCACCACCACCACCACCACCGUCGCCGAAGACGCCUCGCCAUCAGAGCCCAAAACUCCCACUCUCCACAGCAGCAGCUCAAUCUCUCCGUCCUCCGCUUCACUCUCGGUAUACCCGGUUUGGACGAGUCGUACCUGCCCAGAUGGAUCGGCGCGGGGUUCGGGUCCCUCAUCCUGCUCAACCACUUCCUCUCGUCCUCCUCCUCCGCAGUGGCGACGUCGGCGCAGCUCCGAUCUGAGGCUCUGGGCCUUUGCUUGGCCGCUUUCUCGCUCGCGCUUCCGUAUCUCGGGAGGUUCCUUGAGGGUAUAAAUUCAGCGGAUCGUCAGUCACUUCCAGAAGGAAGUAAGCAAAUAUUUAUCAUGUCUGAAGAGCUGUCAGAUACUGAGAAGGAAGAUAUGGCUUGGGCAUCGUAUGCGAUAUUGCGCAACACCAACACGAUGUCGGUGCUUAUAAGAGUUAAUAACGCAUUAUGUAUACGUGGCUACUGGAACACGCCUGAAGAUGUUUCAAGAGUUGCCAUGAUUGAAUUGUUUAAAAGCCAGAUUCAGCAAAGCGGGCUUCUUGAUCUGAAGGAUGCUUUAUACUUUCCCAAAUUCACAGAUUCUCAGCUUGGGAGGAUUCUACCCAAAGAGACUCUUUCUCUUCUAGUACAACCAGUUAUGAGCUCCUCCAAACCAACCACUGAUACAACAGAGAUUGAAGGUUUUGUUUUGUUGGCUUCCAAUUCAAAUUAUGCAUACAGUGAUAAAGAUAGAGCGUGGAUACGAGCAGUUGCAAGUAAAUUUCAAGACAUGACCGUCAAAGAGUUUCAAGGCAUCUAGGUGUUUAUGCAGCGUCCUUGAAUGGGAGCUGAGACAAGGUUUGAAAGUAGCCAAUGCUGAUGCCACAAAAUUGCUCCCUUGUACUCUCUCCAGGUUGGGAACGAUCAGACAUACCUCUCCUGGUCCCGAGAAGUUCACUGCUGUACUAGAAGGAAGACCUGGAAGGACCAUGCUGUGUACUCGUACUCCAUCCUCGCAAAGGAUCUGACCCCUUGCCUUCUCAAACACAUUUUAUUUCUAUUGAGUAUAAUUAGUGCUGUUACCUAUCGCAGAGCGAGCUCGUUUAAUUGCUAAUGAUAGCUCUUUUAAAUGUUUUAUAUCAAUAUUGGAAUGUGAUUGUCUAGUCAAUGUAUGAGCCAAACAACUUAACACAGAGUAGCUAACAGCAUGUACCGGACCUUAUUACCAAUGAGAUUUGUAUACUUUGUUAUGAAACCAUGAGAGUUAAAAAUGGUGGUCUCUUUACUUA